AUGGCGGAACUCGAAUUGCAACCAACUGCCGAAGAGCGCGAUGAAUUUCAAAUGGAUGAUGGAGACGACUCCAUCCAGAAACUAAAACAAUCAGCCAAGAAACGAAAGGGUCGAGGUUUCCAAGAUGACGGUGAGGAAGCGAAAGGUUCCAAUUUACAAUAUGAAUCCAUGGAUGUAGACGGUGACUAUGCUACUGGACCCCAAAGAUCUGUAGAAGGAUGGAUCGUUUUCGUUGCAAAUAUCCAUGAGGAAGCCCAAGAGGAUGAUGUAUACGAAAAAUUUGCCGAAUACGGAGAUGUGAAAAAUCUCCAUUUAAAUCUAGAUCGUCGUACAGGUUUUAUCAAGGGUUAUGCAUUAGUUGAAUUUGAGACUAAAAAAGAAGCUCAGGCUGCUAUAGAUAACCUGAAUGGUACAAAUUUAUUGGAGCAAACUAUUAAGGUUGACUGGUGUUUUGUAAAAGGACCUCAGACAUCGGGUCUUAAGAGGAAUGACAGAGAUGGCCGAAGACGUUAAUCUUUUGUAUUUCAUUGAUUAAGUUCCUUAUGUUAUUAUUAUGAGCAUCACCAACUCGUCUUUUGCGCUGUAAUUCUACGACAGCAAAAUGUUAUUUCAUCCAAUGGUCUUUGAACGUAAAUUCCUAAUUAUCGAGACCAUGUCUUCUUUAAGUGCAUGGUCACUUUACCUAUGCUUCGUCUUUUACUUUGUGUAGGUAAACGAACAUGUUAAAUAGUAUUUUAUUGCAUUUUCAGGUGGCAAUCAGUUAUCCUGCCCUACGUGUUUCAUAUAGUUAUUUCCUAGAUUCACUUGUGAUAGUUCGCAGAGCUUUAUGAUCUGAUUUUAUAGUUAAUACUAUGACUUGUUAAUUACAUAUACGAUUGAUCCUUUUACAGUAUCAUUAAUGGCGGACAUAUGUAAAGCGUCCUUGUAAUGUUAUUAAAAUUCAAGUUUCGUC